UUUUGUGAUUCCUCGAAUCAUUGUCCAGAGAGAGAGAGAGAGGCAGCUAAAAGCACUGAAAAAGGAACAUAAAUACUAGGAUGAUUUGUGGGAGGCUUUUACCUCCUAUUUCACAUGGCGUCUUGGGCUUCUCUUCUCUCCCACAUUUUUUUGGUGUUUCUUUUCCCUCACAUUCUCUCUCCUCGGUAGUUAGCUCUCUUCCUUUUUCAAUGCCAUUGAAGGCUGUUGACUGAACAGUUACGGAGAUUCCUCAGAUCUACAGUGAAAGCCUUUCGCUAUUCUCACUCCCAAUUCUUCUUCUUCUUCUGAGGGUGGCCUUUUAUUCAUCCACAAAACGUUUGCCUCUUGAUGGGCCUCUCUUUAAGCUUAAUUCUAUAUAUUGUUGGUGACCUGAUCGGGAACUUGUGGCCAAAUAAAACUGCAGCAUACUCAUAAUGUUGCACAAGAUAUAAUGUUGUAUUAACUCUAUUAACUCUAUCUCCUGGAUUUGAAAUGUUGCACAAGAUAUAAUGCAGCAUACUCAUAAUUUCUUGCAUUUUGUACUUCAAAAUGCCCCCGUUGUCAUUGGCCAUCAGGAUAAAGAGUUGCGCUAUCGCUUUAUCUAUAAUCAGUUUCCAAGUUUGCAUGAGGACGACAUUAUUGGAAGAGCAGAUGUUGAAAUUUUUACUGGAGCUGGUGUUAAAGAAUCUCAAGAUUUCAAGAGAGAAGUACUGGAAAAAGGAUUACCAGCAAAGAGGGAAAUUACAUUUGAGACGGAAUUAUUUGGGUCAAAGACAUUUCUGAUAUACGUGGAACCCGUCUUUAGCAAGGCAGGGGAGACAAUUGGUAUAAAUUCUAUGGGAAUGGAUGUAACUGAUCAGGUAAGAAAACGAGAGAGGAUGGCAAAACUUCGAGAGGAAAUAGCAGUACAAAAGGCCAAGGAAACAGAACUGAACAAAACAAUUCAUAUAACAGAGGAGACAAUGCGAGCAAAACAAAUGCUAGCUACAAUGUCCCAUGAGAUAAGAUCUCCUCUAUCUGGAGUUGUUAGCAUGGCUGAGAUUCUUUCCACCACAAGAGUUGAUCAGGAGCAACGGCAACUGUUGGAUUGGAUGCUAUCUUCUGGAGAUUUAGUUCUUCAACUUAUAAAUGAAAUCCUUGACCUUUCGAAGGUUGAGUCAGGAGUUAUGAAGUUGGAAGCUACAAAAUUUCGGCCUAGACAGGUAGUAAAGCAUGUGCUUCAGACUGCUGCAGCAUCAUUGCAGAAAAUUUUGACCUUGGAAGGACAUGUAGCAGAUGAUGUUCCUAUAGAGGCAAUCUUCGACGAGCAUCAUUAUCUUGAUGAUAAACCUUCUUCAAAUAAGCCCACAUGGCUUGAGCAGAGCGAUGAGGCCGCAAGAGCUGAAUCCAUAGGGAAGAAAGAGAACUCGAGAAAUCCACUGAGAGGGACAAACCGCACUGUUGCCCAGAGAAGUGCUGAGAAAACCACCGAGAAUCAAACAAAGACUGCCGAAAACACCAACACAAGCUGCAGAAAACUGUUCCGAGAGACUGAGGCCGAGAAAAUUGUGCCGAGAGUGACAGACCACUGUGCGCACAGCUGUCCAUUGACAGGGUAUACUAGGUCACAUAAACUCAAUGGGUUCUCAGACAAUUCUUAUUCAUUUCCAUCUAAUAGUGUCAGAUCAAAGGAGACAACUUCAGUUGAGGAGGCCUGUUCUGUGGUUGAUGAUGCAGAGACACUACAUCAACCAGAGAGUUCAUCAAGCCAUAGCCCAGACCCUGGUAACCAAGAUACAGUUUGUAGAGGCAAACUAUGUCAAGAUGACACAAAUUCUCAGUUCCAAAAUCCUAUUAUAGAUUCCACACAUCACAAAGAAGCAAACAGAGAAGUCGUCGUAGCGGCAAAGACAAGAGAACCCCAAGGAACUUGUCAGAGGCAGGAGAAAUCUGACAUAAGUUCCCAGUGCGUUUCUAGCAGCAGUACGGGAGUACCCAAAUCAACAAUAAAACCUAAGAUCCUUCUCGUUGAAGAUAACAAGACCAUCGUAAUGGUGACACAGUCAAUGAUGAAGCUGUUAGGCCAUAGCAUAGAUGUUGUGAAUAAUGAAGUUGAAGCUGUGUGUGCAGUUCAGCAUCAUAAUUAUGAUCUCAUUUUCAUGGAUGUUUGCAUGCCAGUUAUGGAUGGCCUUCAAGCUACAAGACUAAUUCGUUCUUUUGAGGAAACUGGUAAUUGGGAUGCUGCAGUGAAGGCAGGAAUCGAACAAGCUGUGUUUCCGGAUUCAUUACAAAAUGGUCUGGGUUCUACACCAUCUGCAAAGCGGAUGCCUAUCAUAGCGAUGACAGCAAAUGCAUUGGCAGAGAGUACAGAUGAGUGUUUGGCAAAUGGAAUGGACUCAUUCGUGCCAAAGCCUGUAACUUUGCAAAAAUUGAAAGAGUGUCUUGCAAAAUAUCUACCAUGAUAUCUCUUGUAAAUUAAUGCUUGUGUAUAAAAAUUAAAGCGUGUUAGGAAAGUUUUGUAACCAAUAUGCAUCAUCAUGUUCUUCUCAACCGUUAGUAUCUCCUCAGAAGCUGUAUAGGUCUAUGUCAUUCUUUUUUUGCCUCUCUCCAAGAGCCUUUAAUACUGUUCUUCUAAGGAUGGGAGGCAUCUGUGAACUUUAGUUAGGAAAUAGGAAGUGAAAGCACAGGCAGAAAGUGUUUUAUGAAAAUAUGCUGGCAUGAAAUAUGAUUGGAUAUGUUGACAGUAAAGUCUUCCUUUUAUAUUCUCAUUGCUAAUACCCA